GUUAAAAACGCCAGUGGCGGUACACCAAUAACAAGUUGAUAAUACGAGCAUCGUCGUUUUCAAUCGCGGAACGGUCAGUUUCACUGGGAAAUUCUAUUCGACGACAGGGGCAUGGAGGAGGCUUUAUUUCGAGCGAGUCACGAGAUUUCCAAACAGAAGAGAUCCAACAAACUGAAAGGCUGAGGGAGGGAUGAAAGAGGGAUGAAAUUGUUCACUGACGCGCCCCUGAUGAUGCAGCGAUGACUUAUCAUUCGUAAAUCUGAAUAUUCUGUCUCUCCGUAAAUCUCUGAACGGUUAUAAAGGAGUGAUAAUUUCUUCUUUGAAUUCAUACUACAGUCACGAGUACGACAAAGCAGCGAUCAAUCUUACAUGGAUUCCACUUCUCUUUUUGUGGAAACGAAACGAUCCACCACUCGCGUUUACAUCGACUCAUGCUUGGCGAGCGCGACAGAAAGAUUUUACGAAAGUGACAACUUUCGAGACGUGCAACCUGUUUACGGGUGGAAGAAACGCGUAGGAGUUGCUGUCAGACGAAAAUGGCCCUCGACUUUUUCGCCGGAUGCGUGGGAGGGUGUGCCGGUGUUGUGGUGGGAUAUCCUCUGGACACGAUCAAGGUCCACAUGCAAACACAGGAUUAUCGGAACCCGAUAUACAAAGGCAAUUGGCACUGUUUCCGCACGAUAUUCGCCAAAGAAUCGGUAGCAGGUUUCUACAGAGGCAUGUCGUCGCCAAUGGCGGGCGUGGCGAUUGUGAACUCCAUAUUGUUCGGCGUCUACGGUCAAACACAGAGGCAGAUACCGAACCCUGACUCCUUAACGACGCACUUUAUCGCCGGUGCCGUGGCAGGGAUCGCUCAAACGCCGAUCUGCAGCCCGAUCGAGCUGACGAAAACGCGAAUGCAGCUGCAGAUGUCGAGCACUCGGUUCUCCGGGCCGUUCGAGUGCCUGAAACACAUAUACAAGUACGAGGGCAGACGCGGCGUGUUCAGAGGUUUGAACGUCACGUUCCUCAGAGAAGCACCAAGCUUCGGGAUUUACUUCCUGACGUACGAGAGCUUGACGAGAACUCCGAACAACGAACCGGUCUCGACGUCCUACAUGCUGAUGGCCGGUGGCCUCGCGGGCACCGCUUCCUGGACGUUCAUCUAUCCCCUGGACGUGUUGAAGUCGCGGAUCCAAGCGAACAGCGAUCGCUACGCGGGGAUACUCGAUUGUUUCAGACAAACAGUGAAGGCGGAGGGUUACUCUUGCUUUUACAAAGGACUGAGCUCGACGAUCCUUAGGGCGUUUCCCACGAACGCGGUGACGUUCGCGGUGGUUUCGUGGACGAUCAAGAUACUCGGACAGGAGGACGUUGCGUCGAAGCCCCAGAACAACCCUAGAAUAGUAGUCGAGCCUGUUAAGAAAAUUCCGGAGACCCACGAACCGCUUCUCGGUAAUUGGAACGUCUUUUUAACGAAUGCUUCCGAAAAUAUGGUGAUCCCGACGCUGUCGAUGGUGUCCUCCAACAAUUUGACGCUAGGGAAUUCUAUCCUGUACGACGUUAACGGAUGGUCGGAUACGGCAAUCAUUUACAGCGUGGCUGAUCAACCACGGGACGACAAACACCACGAAGAGGAAGGCGAGAAAUCGAGGAAAGGAAAGGGGGAUGCUGUUGACGAUUGUGGUGGUGAAAAGAAAGUGAAAUCGACGGUCGUUGAACAGACUAGUGUCGAAUUCGAGGUUCCUCGGGUAAAUAGUGACUCGAACGUGAGUGUGAAUUGUUCUUGAAAACAUAGACGUCAUCGAAUGCCGAGGCAUACUUUUUGUAAUUUAUAUUGUAAGGUAAAUGUACUAUACAAAGUUGGCUUGUUGGCUAGGGACGCUUUAGCGUAAUACCUCGUGACUACUGUUAAUUGUACUAUAUAGAUAUAUUUUACCUUAUCGUAUUACGAAAAUACAUAGUGUUGUACAAAACAUUUGCAUC